CAUAAAUGUAAAAUAAUCAAGGUGCAGCAACUUAAGAAUAAUCAAUUAAUUAAGAGAAUAAACCAGAAACAAGACCAUGUAUUUUAUGUUAGACUUUCUAUGGAACAGCUGCUACAUAAUUUUAUUGUUCUAAAUGCUACUAGUAAUCAAAUUGAAAUAAUUUAUUAUUUAGAUCCAUAAGAAAAGAAAGUAAUGUAGAAUAAACCUAACAAUAGUAACAAAUUGUAUAAGAAAAAAAAUAAUAAGAUGAAAUUGUUAAGUUAAAAGUAAAAUGAUUAUAUUUAAAACUUAUUAAGGAAGACCCAUCGAAAUGUAAGAUUUGUAAAAAAAAAUUGGGAAUUUCAGGUAUUUAAUGCAAAUGUGAAGCAUAUUUUUGCAAUAGACAUCGUUUACCAGAGGAACAUUAAUGCACAUUUGAUCAUGCAGAAAAGGCUAAAUAAUAACUCAUUAAAAAUAAUCCUCUUGUUGAUCAUAAAAAGUUGGAAUAAUUGUGA